AUGAAGUUCUACCCAUUGUCAGAUGGGGUGGUGAAACAUUUGCUGUCUGGUAAAGAACAACUUGAUCUACCCAUGCAAGUCAGUGAUGAACAAAUGGAGAUUAUACUAUUUUCCAGAAGUUCUUUCAUAACUGGGUGUUCAGGGACCAGAAAAACCACUAUAUUGACUAUGAAGUUGUUCCAAAAUGAAGAGUCUUUUUAUGUUGCUUCUGGAGGGAUUUAUGAAGGGGAGAGGAACAGUAUCAGUGAUUCAAAAGUUGUUGAUGAACCUAAAGGCACAAAACCAAGUGUUCUCCGCCAACUGUUUGUGACUGUCAGCCCAAAUUUGUGUCAUGCUGUAAAGCAACACGUUUCCCGCCUUACAAGUAUUUCAUCUAAUGUGAAUACAUCAUUAGCGGUCAAUCUGGAUGAUCCCGACUUGAUAUCAGAAUUCAGUGAUAUCGCAGACACAUUUGUUGACAUUCCAGUGAAAAAUUACCCCCUUUUUAUAACAUUUCAUAAAUUUCUAAUGAUGUUGGAUGGCACAUUGGGGAAUUCUUUCUUUGAAAGGUUUCCAAAGGCAAGAGAAGCUUCUCAUGGUGACCAUACAAGUUCAAGAUCCGUUGCAUUGCAAACUUUUUUAAGACUAAGAGAGGUUACAUAUGACAGAUUUUGUACACUUUACUGGCCUCGCUUUAACUCAAGUCUAACGAAGAAACUUGAUUCCUCUAGAGUGUUCACAGAAAUUAUAUCGCACAUAAAAGGAGGCUUGCAUGCAGGGGAAUGCAGUGACGGAAAACUAACUUAUGAGGGUUACUGUCUAUUGGCUGAAAGUCGUUCGUCCACUUUAACAAAACAGAAAAGAGAAAGUAUUUACUACCUUUUUCAAGCAUAUGAGAAGAUGAAAAGUGAGCGAGGUGAAUUUGAUUUGGGUGAUUUAGUGAGUGACCUCCAUCAACGACUUAGAAAUGGACGUUAUGAAGGUGACAUUAUUGAUUUUGUGUAUAUUGAUGAAGUUCAAGAUCUUAGUAUGAGGCAGAUUUCCCUUUUCAAAUAUAUAUGCCAAAAUGUCGACGAGGGCUUUAUUUUUGCGGGUGACACUGCACAAACCAUUGGCAGAGGGAUUGAUUUCAGAUUCCAGGAUAUACGGUCCCUGUUCUAUAAACAGUUUUUAACUGAGAGAGUAACUGGAAAACAAGAAAAAGCUCUUGUAUCUGAGGUUUUCCAACUAAAACAGAACUUUCGAACUCAUGCCGGUGUCCUUGAGUUAGCCCAGAGUGUUAUUGACAUUCUUUACUGUUACUUUGCCCACUCAAUUGAUAUUUUGGAGCCCGAGACUAGUGUUAUAUCUGGUGAAGCACCUGUUCUGCUUGAGUCUAGUGAUAAUGAAAAUGCAUUUGUGACGAUCUUUGGGGGAAGUGGAAGUGGCGGGGAAGUAGUCAGCUUUGGGGCGGAUCAAGUGAUAUUGGUGCGUGAUGAUUGUGCUAAGAUUGAGAUUUCAGAAUAUGUUGGAAAGAAUGCACUUGUCCUCACCAUACUGGAGUGUAAAGGUCUUGAAUUUCAGGAUGUAGUGCUGUACAACUUUUUUGGGACAUCCCCAUUGAAAGACCAAUGGAGAAUAAUAUAUAGCUACAUGAAGGAGCGAGACUGGUUCGAUGAGAAUCUUCCUCAGUCUUUCCCGACAUUCAAUGAGGCAAGACAUAGUGUCUUGUGCUCUGAAUUGAAACAGUUAUAUGCGGCAAUAACUCGGACGAGGCAAAGGCUAUGGGUAUGUGAGAAUAAAGAGGCGCUCUCCAAGCCAAUAUAUGAUUAUUGGAAAAGGAGGGGACUCGUUCAAAUUAGAAAACUAGAUGAUUCAGUAGCACAGGCUAUGCGAGUCUCAAGCAGCCCUCUAGAGUGGCGGGAUCGUGGUAAAAAGCUUUUUUAUGAGAACAACUUUGUGAUGGCAACAAUAUGCUUUGAAAGAGCUGGUGACACAAUGUGGGAGAAAUUGGCAAAGGCUUCUGGUCUCAGAGCAACUGCUGAUCAGAUGAGGGGAAAGAAUCGCGAAGCUUAUUUGGGCUAUCUCAGAGAAGCAGCUGAAUUGUUUGAGUCAAUUGGGAAAUUCGAGUCUGCCGCUUCAUGUUAUUGUGAUAUGGAGGAGUAUGAAAAAGCUGGGAAAGCUUACUUAUAUAAGUGCCGAAAGAUUAAUACAGCCGCAGAGUGUUUCACUCUAGCAGGAUGCUAUAAUGAUGCCGCUGAAGCCUAUGCCAAAGGAGAUCAGGUCUCCAAUUGUUUGUCAGUUUGCAAAAAAGGGAAACUUUAUGAUAAGGGAUUGCAGUAUAUAGAGUAUUGGAAAGAGCACUUAUGUGUUAGAACUAAAGAAAUAGAACAAACUGAGCAAAGAUUUUUGGAGAGUUGUGCUCUUGACUGCCAUGAGCAUAAAGAUCUUAUAUCCAUGAUGAAAUUUGUUAGAGCCUUUUGCUCUAUGGAGUCUAAGCGUGUAUUCUUGAGGUCUUUAGGCUGCCUUGAUGACCUUUUAUUAUUAGAAGAAGAAUCAGGCAAGUUACUUGAUGCUGUUGAACUGGCUAGGUCUUUGGGUUAUGUUCUAAAGGAGGCUGAUCUUUUGGAGAAGGCUGGACAUUGUAGGGAGGCUGCGGUUCUCUUACUUUGGUAUGUGUUUUUUAGCUCGUUAUGGGAAAAUGGAGGUAGAGGAUGGCCAUUGAAACAGUUUAGUAAGAAGGACGAUCUUUGUGAGAAAGCAAGGUCGAUUGCAAAUAUGACCUCCGAUCAUUUCUAUGAUUUUGUUUGUAAUGAGCUUGAGGUACUCUCUGACCAGCAAACUAGUUUGCCCGAGCUCAAGAAAGUUUUACUCACUUCCCAGAAAAAUAAGAGUCUAAGAGGAGAAAUUUUAUCCAUAAGGAAAAUCUUGGAUUCUCAUUUUCAUAUACAUUUCUCUAAGUACUUUUGGGAGGAUGAAUUACCUUCUGAUAUUACGGAGCAUUGUGAAAACAGAAUCUUUCAGAGCUGUGUUUCUGUUAGAACUCUAGUUUUUUAUUGGAAUUUGUGGAAGGAGAAUGUCAUGAAUAUCUUUCAGAGCAUCGAAUGUCUUGUAAAUGAAGAGCCGAAUAAACACGAGGGAUUUGCUGAUUUUAUUUUAAGUUAUUUUGGAGUGAGGAACCAGUGUGUAGAUGGAAACAUGGUUUACCUGUUAGUCAACAAGGAUGUUGAUUGGAUAAGAACUGCGGGUAAUAACAAUCUUCUUACCGAAGGGAAGCUUAUAUUUAUGAAUAUAAGUCAGUUGGUGUUUGCCAUUAGAUCUUACUGGCAGUUAGAAUUACUUUCUGUGGGUAUGAAAGUACUUUUAAAGCUAGAAGGUCUCUAUAAGUCAAAGUCAAAUGCUUCAGCAUUUCAUCAAAGCACGUCUCUGGUACACAUUUUUGAGGUUUCGAAGUUUCUUUCAGAAUGCCCGUGUCUUAAACUCGCUUCUCCUGACAAAAAGAAACUGCAAAGUUUCCUUGAUAUCUCUGCACAAUACUUUGAUUUUGUGUUUCCUUUAGACUGGCGUAGAUCAGUCACUGAAGACAUGCUUUCCUUAAGGGAGACUGAUCUAUCACUCAAAUUGCUUGAUGAGAAUAUACUUCAAAAUGUAAGCAACAAUGGUUAUAUCUCCUAUCGGACAAUCGGGAGAGUGAUGAUGGUAUGUCUUUGUUCCAGUAAAUCUGUUGCACUUAAUGAGAUGAUUAUUAAGGGACUUCAGUGGGCUCCCAAAUGGCUGUCAGCUGUGGAGGUCUGGAAUUCUAGCGUUAGGGACAUGGCGUUUUUUCCAAUGCUACGGAGUGCUUUGAAAGAUACAUUUUGGUCAGACCAGAGGUGUGCUGGCUGCAUAUCCCCUCAUAGUUUUGUGUAUCUUUUGGAUCGUGUGUUUUUUAUGGAGUCUUAUUUUGAAGGGAUCCUUUACACCACGAAGUCUUCUUUCUCUGGGUGGUUCUCACAUCUUCACGCAACUGAUGAACCGGUACUCCUCGAGGUAUUUCUGAGGUUUGAGGUAAACUCUUGA